AGGCUGGGCUUGCUGAGGGGUGGGGAAACACUGAGUGUUGAUGUGGCCACAGUCAGCUGGUAUUUAAAAACCACACCCUGGAGCUGGAGUGAAGUUAGUCCCUAUUCAGUCAGUGGCUGAGCAGACAGUUUGUUCUGUGAGCAGAAAUGGCAGAAAUUCACGACAUAUUGUCUCAAGUGUGCCUGGGCAGUGAUGACCUUGCCAGUGGGGCAACAGUGAAACCCUAUGCUGCUUUUAAUGCUGAUUCUGAUGCUACGGAACUGGAACGAGCACUGAAAACCAAAGGUGUUGACGAACACACCAUCAUUGAUAUAUUGACCCGGCGUAGUAAUGCACAAAGACAGGAUAUUGCCUUCAUGUAUGAAAGGAAAGCAAAGAAGAAACUGGAGGAUGCCCUGCACUCUGGCCUCUCUGAACCUCUGAGGUCUGUCAUCUUGGGGCUGAUGAAGACUCCAGCCAAGUACGAUGCUUCUGAAAUCAGGGGAGCCAUCAAGGGCCUGGGAACCAAUGAAGCCACUCUGAUCGAGCUCUUGUGCUCUCGCACAAACAAGCAAAUUCAGGAAAUGAGCAAGGCUUAUCAAGAGCUUUACAAGAAAGAGAUGAUUAAGGACAUCAAAGACGAUACUUCUGGAAAUUUCUGCGCCCUUCUUCUUGUUUUAGCAAAGGGAAGCAGGUCGGAACCCUCCAACGUGGUUGAUCAUGAGCUGAUUGACUCAGAUGCCCGGGAACUCUAUGAAGCUGGAGUGAAGAGACCUGGAACAGACAUUGGAAAGUGGAUCUCUAUAAUGACUGAGAGGAGUAUUCCUCACCUCCAGAGAGUUUUCGGCCGAUAUAAAUCCUACAGCAGCCUUGACAUGAUCGAGAGCAUUAAACAUGAGGUCAAGAAAGACCUGAAAAACAAUUUUGUAAGCCUGGUACAAUGUAUCCAGAACACCUCGGAGUUUUUCGCUGACAAGUUAGCCCAGAUGCAGAAAGAUGUGAAGAAGGAUGUGUUAACCAGGAUCAUGGUGUCUCGCUCUGAAAUCGACCUGCAGUACAUCAGGAAAGAGUUCAAGAAGAAAACUGGCAAAUCUCUGCACCAAUAUAUAACAGCUUCGACGAAGGGCGAUUACCAACGCGUUCUGCUGGCUCUGUGCGGAGGUGAUGAUUAACUGUGUCAUCACAGUCGGGAAUAGCAGUUCUGUGCUACCCUGCUUUUAACUAGAAGAAUAGAGCUGCAUGGAGACCCUGUCAGAUUGAACCACUUAACCUUCCUCAUUGUGUUUGUGUCAGUCAAGUAUUGGAAUAGUAUACCCUGACAAGAUUGUGCUUGAAAAUUCUCUCUCGUAAAUCUGUAAAUCUUUGAAAAGCUGCAAAUAGAUGAACUGUUGCUAACUGGAAAUGAAGCUUUGAAGUUGAGCCUCGCUGCUUCCUGAGCCUCUGUGUGCUGGUUCUGAGGUUACAGAUCAAAUGGAUCCAACAGGUUUUCUGCUCAUAACUGAAGGCAAGAGAUUUGCAGGAUGAGAUAUUCUCAGCACAAACAUAGUGUUUUGUACAGUACAGUACUUAGUCAGGAAAUGCAUCUGCUUUCAAGCCAGAAUAUCUUUUUAUACGAAAUAAAGAAAUUGGAAGAUUA